CAAUAAGAACUUUUUAAGUGUAAGGAUCAUCAUGAUGAACUCAACACAGGUUUCAUAUUUCACUCUUGGUGCUUAUUUUGAUACCAAACAGGUAAAAUAUGUUUUAUUUCUCAUCGUGCUGUGUCUAUAUGUCCUGAUCGUUGGCUCUAACGUGCUGCUGAUUGUGGUGAUCUGUGUGAACAGGAGCUUACAUGAACCUAUGUACAUGUUUCUGUGCAACCUGUUUCUGAAUGAACUGUAUGGCAGCACAGGCUUGUUCCCCUUCAUGCUGGUCCAGAUCCUCUCUGAUGUUCACAUUAUUUCUGCUCCGCUCUGCUUCCUGCAGAUCUUCUGUCUUUACACGUACGCAGAUGUAGAAUUCUUUAAUCUAGCCAUCAUGUCUUAUGACCGAUACCUGGCCAUCUGCCACCCUCUGCAGUACCACGCACUGAUGAGCCUGAAGAAAGUUGCACUUUUCAUUGCCGCUGCCUGGAUAACAGCCUUUCUGAUAGUUACUACUACAACGUCUUUGAGUUUCUCUUUGCCGCUCUGCGGAAACUUCAUUAACAAAAUAUACUGUGACAACUACUCUAUAGUUAAACUGGCCUGCUCGGACAUAACGGUCAAUAACAUUUAUGGCCUCAUCAGCACGGCGCUCGUUGUUUUUGUUCCAGUGGGUUUGAUCCUCUACACCUACAUGAGGAUCCUGAAGGUGUGUUUUUCUGGAUCCAAACAGACCCGGCAGAAGGCCGUCAGCACCUGCACGCCUCACCUGGCCUCCCUGGUUAACUUCUCAUUUGGGAUUUGCUUUGAGGUGUUGCAGAGCAGGUUCAACAUGAGCAGCACUCCCGGUGCUGUAAAAGUAUUGUUAUCAUUGUACUAUGUAACAUGUCAGCCACUGUUCAACCCUGUGAUGUACGGUGUGAAGCUGUCUACAAUACGCAGCAUGUGGAAACGUUUGUUCUGGGUGAAAUUGAAAUAAAAAAUGCUGAUUCUCUGAUUCAGUCUGACA